AUGCACCUGUCCUGUGGAGGGUUCAAGCGGGAAUAUGGGGCAGAUGAUGCGGCAGUAGACCAGCAGGCAGGCCAUGGAUCCUGGGCUGCAGGUACAGUAUAUGCGCGGGGGCUGCAGGAGGCACCAGGCCACAUUGAGGCACGGCGUGUGCGGUACCAGGCUGUCAGCCGGGAGUGGCAUGAAUUCCUGGGGUUUAACCCAGGCCCAGGGGUGCGAAAGCGGGCACGGAACAUGGAAAAAGAGCGUUAG